UUGACUCUUUGCAUUUAAAAAGAAAGCGGGAACGGGGGAGACCAAGCGGGCUUCUGGGUGCUAAUUUGCAGGAGCCGCCUCUUUGUGUGGAUGCAAAUCAGUUUCUUGUCCCCAGCUGGGGCAUGCACUCUGCCCAUGCCCAGGAACACAACCUUCUCCCUCUGCGUUAUUUUAUUGCUUGGACCGUCCAUGUUGCAAUUGUGCCGAAUACAAGUUGCAUGCUCCGUCCUGGGCACGGAGAAUGGCAGGCAUUCUUGGCAAUUAAAGGGGGGAGGGGGUACCAUAUUGUUCUCCUCCCCUCUGGCAAACAGCCCUGCAAAGUAGGACGGGCUGAGAGGGGUUCAGAAGAGAUGGAUCCGGAAGAUGCUGAAGAAGUGGCCGCUGAAUUGCAAGGCAAGAAAAUGGACGGUUGGAAUGUUUUGCAAAUUGCAGCCGGCACCGGCUUGACGGCCUAUAUCGUAUGGGCAGGAAUUCUUAUGCCGGGUUUUCGCAAAGUGCCCUUAAAACUGCAGGUCCCCUACAUCCCAGCAAGCGCUCAACAAGUCAAAAACGUCAUGCGGUUGUUCAAAGGACGUUCGGGGAAGAUCGUAGAUCUGGGCUCGGGGGAUGGCAGAAUUGUCCUGGAAGCUUACAAACAAGGUUUCAGGCCAGCUGUUGGCUAUGAACUCAAUCCGUGGCUGUUGCGCCUUUCCAGCUAUCGGGCGUGGAAAGCUGGGUGUUAUGGAAAGGUUUCUUACUACAAGGAAGACCUUUGGAAGGUGAACUUAUCCGAUUGUCAGAAUGUAGCCGUGUUCCUGGCCCCUAGUGUGCUGAUGCUUCUGGAGAAAAAGCUAUUGAUGGAACUUCCAGAAGAAGCUCGUGUGGUGGCUGGGCGGUUUCCUCUUCCCAACUGGACCCACACUGACACAGCUGGAGAAGGUGUGAACCAAGCCUGGGCAUACGAUGUCAAGAUGAUCCGGCAACUGAAGAAGGAUGAGCUAGAAGGGAGUCCGGUGUGAGAAUAAGUCACCUUGGAUAUGCCAGUUUCUCAAAACAACAACAACAACAACCCAAUGCAUCUUUGCUGGCUGAUGGGCCAUUAAGAAGAUUCCUUUCUCCUUUGCUGAAACAACAGCCUAUUUAAGCUGAGGAGUGGUAGGUUUUUAGGA